AUGAAUGGCGACUUCUUGUCUCCCUGCCUCUUCACAGCUCUGGAUGGUGGCACCACGAUGGUGGACGGCUUGAAUUACGCGCAGUUGGACUAUGUCUGCUUGGGGAAUCACGAGUUCGACCUGGGCAAGAAGCAACUGGCGACACAGUUGAAGGCCUACAAAGGCAAGUUGCUGAACACCAAUUGCACGGACAAGGAAUUGGAAGACUGGCCCACCUACGAUGUGGUGGACGUGGGGAACAAGAAGAUCCUGAUGGUUGGCCUUUGCCUCGGUGAUCCCUCCAUCUAUCCUGCCGACAGCACUCCUGACAUGAAAGACUUCGUGCACUCCUGCAUGGCCGCUUGGGAGGACUGCGCGCGGAAGAAGGUGAACAUCGACCUCAUUGUGCCCAUGACCCAUCAGCUCAUUGAGGAUGAUCGUUUGCUGGCGGCUCCUUGGAAUGUGAAGAAACGAACGGUGCAAGCCGGACAGGAGCAGUUCGAGAUGCACGAGACCAUGAGCGGCAAAGCACCCGUGAUCUUGGGAGGCCAUGAACACGAGGUCUUCGAAGAGGUGGUGGCGGACUCGCUGAUCGUAAAGACCGGGCAAGAUGCCGCGAAGAUCGCCGUGGUGGAUGUGUGGUGGACCUCCAAUGGAGCAGCCUGA